UUUCAAAAGGUAGAACUGGUUGAAAUAAUGAGACAAAAGGAAGAUUUGGCAUUUGCUCUACUCUUGAAUAGAUUGAGAGUUAAGGAAAAGAAAGACACUUUAUCAGAUGCAGAUUUAUCCAUCCUUACCUCUCGUGAAACUGGUGAAGAAUGUGAAGAAGAUAUGCACAUCUAUUCAACUAAUAAACAAGUAAAUGAAUGGAAUAGCAGAAUGUUGCACAGCAAAUGUGAAGAUAUUAUAUGUGUUAAAGCUGAAGACAGAAAUAACAGCAAGGAUAAUGACGAAAUAUGUACCGAACCAUGUAAAUCUGGUCAAAGUUCUUUGCCUCGCAAUCUGUCAAUUGCUUUGAAUGCCAGGGUGAUGCUUUUAAAAAAUAUUGAUACCAAUAUAGGUUUGACAAAUGGAUGUAUAGGUACAGUUGCAGAAAUAGUAAAACGAAACAACGAAUCCAAGCCAUACUGCAUCAGUGUAAAAUUUGAUAGCCAGAAAAUUGGCAUUCAAUCGAUCAAAAUGUAUGAAGAAUCAAUGGGUAAAAAUUACACAAGAAAGCAAUUUCCCCUCAAACUGGCUUAUGCUUGCACGGUUCACAAAGUACAAGGCAUGACUUUAAAUAAAGUAGUAGUAUCACUGAAAAAAAUAUUUGCAUCUGGACAUAGCUAUGUAGGCCUGAGUCGUGUAACUUCUUUAUCUGGACUUACCAUUGAAGAUUUUCAUCCAAAAGUUAUAUACUGUGAUCCAAAGAUUAAAAAACACCUUAAUGAUAUGACCAAUUUCUUGGAAACUUCUAUAGCAGAGGAAACAUAUGAUGAUGGUUUAUGCAUAAUGUUGCACAAUAUUCAAGGAUUAAAACAACAUUAUGUAGACUUACAAUGCAAUCCAACAUUCCUGAAUUCUGAUAUUAUUUGUUUGACUGAAACAUGGCUAUCGGAUAAGGAUGAUGCUUUUGAAAUAUGCUUAGCUCAUUUCAAAUUGUAUCAUCAAUCAAGAUAUAACUCUUAUUCUAUCACAAGUGACUCAAGGCAACAGUUCAAGGACCAGUCACAUGGAGGUGUUGCAGUUUAUAGCAAGAAUGAAUUUUCAAGCAGACUUGAUAUAAAGAUUGAUAAUCUAGAGUUUAUUGCUUUUCUUAUAACCUGUCCUGUUUCUGUUGUCAUUGCAGUUGUUUAUCGCCCUCCGACAUACAGAAUGAAAGACUUCUGCAGCGACACUACCGCCCCAGAGAUCACGUUUUGUCCCUGUAACGUCUUCGUCCAGGCUGCGUCCUGUGCCAGCAGUGCCACGGCCUCCUGGGACGCCUCUACAGCUACGGACGCCUCAGAACCCAUCACAGCAGUCAGUAACUUCUCGCCUGGUGAUUCCUUUGAUGUUAGCACUUAUCUGGUCAUCUAUUACCUUAUCGAUAACGCUAGUUUCUACUCGACAUGCAGCUUUAAAGUCACUGUCACUUCAAGUGGAGUGGUCAUCGACAGAGAGAACCCCGUCCUGACCAGCUGUUUAACCGACAUCGUCGCCAAUGCCAGCCCUGGUACCUCGACCCCGGUGGUUUUAUGGCUGGCUCCUGUGGCAUCAGACAACUCAGACUCCGUUUCCCUGACGGUCAAUCAACUACAAGGCAGUUCCAUUGCUGUUGGAUCUACUGAGGUCACCUACACAGCUAGGAACGAUUUAUCCAGGAACAGAUGGCACCCGACCAUCCUUCCUCAACUGGCCAAGCAACAUUGACGAGACCGUCCCCUUCGGUAGCAGCCCAACUACCGUCAGCUGGACCGAGCCCAUUGGUGUAGCCAGCGUUGCGGCCCCACAGAGCUCUGGAUUUUUCUUUGCCGUGGAAUACACUUACAUGGUGUACACCGCCACAGACCCAAGCGGCAACUUCAAAGGCUGCUCUUUCUCUGUCACCGUCACAGACAACACAGCCCCAGUCACCUCCAACUGCCCUACUUCCUAGACUAUCACCUGGACCGAAACCCAUCUUUACUGAUAGCUCAGGUGUGGUCACCAGCAACUUCAACUCCGGCUCCUCUUUCCCUACCGUCACUUACACCACAACGUUGGAUAAUGUUCCUUUAAUAUCGUUGUCAAUCUUGCAACGAUUUAUCCAGGAACGGAUGGCACCCGACCAUCCUUCCUCAACUGG